AUGUACGCUGAACAUAAACAGGAUACUCAGAAAGAGAAGUUAGUCUCAACAAUCAGAAAUCAAUGUUUGAAAAAUGGUUGUGGUGGAAUCAAACAUCUGUCGACUGUUUUUAGGCGGAUGGACGUGGACUAUUCCAAAAAACUGUGUUAUAAGGAACUAGCUAUGGGAGUAAAAUCCUAUGGUAUGUCGAUUAAUGACGAGGAUUUAAAAGUUUUAUUUGACAUUCUGGACCAUGAUAAAUCUGGAUAUAUUGAUUUUACUGAAUUCAUGCAUCAUCUUCGACCUACCAUGAGUGUAUCCAGAAUCCAAGUGAUUAAUGAAGCAUUCAACAAACUAGAUGUUAAUAACGAUGAUGAAUUGAGAGUUGACGAUUUAAAAGGUAGGUUUUAUAAUAUCAAACAUCAUCCAAUCAUCAUUCAUUUUCGUUUCACCCAAUCACCCAAUCAGAUUCAUUUUCGUUUCAAUUGCAUGCUCCACACGUGA